CCCUGCCUGAAUCUACUCCGGACUCAUCAAGAGGUAAACAUGGCUGCCUUAACAACUGCCCGUUUCUAACAAACAUAGACAGUACACCUCGACGCGAACCUGUAGGCUUAAUUUAUCCGAAGAACUAUGAUGACUUCUGGUGGAGAUUGUGUGAAGACGUUGGAUGAUGGUACAUCGAAGAUAUUUAUCCAAGAAGUCGAGCGUUUAAAAAAGCUGGUGGAGAAACAUGAGAGAGAUGGGUGGCUUAAAAUCCACUGGAAGAAUGGACAGGGUGAUUAUUUUUCAGCUGUGAAGGAUUUGGAUGAAAAAUUGAAACACAACCUGAACAAUGAUCGGAUCAAAGUGGAGCAACAGCUGGUGAAACUCAGACAUGGAGUCAGAGGAUUUCAGGAGCAACUAACUGAUGUAAAACCCUCCAGUGAACUGGUUGAGAAAUUACAAGCAAUUAUGACCGAAGUUGAGACUGCCAUGAACUCCUUUAAACUAGAUCAGCAUCAAAGCUUCGAGGAGCUUCUGAAGGAGGAGAGGGUCUGCUGCCAAGAGAUUGCUGCUUUUGAAAAGAAGAUGGAACUGUGGUCUCACACCGACAAGCCAGAGCCUGUGCCACACACUGCUCCAUCAGGAAAAGUGCAUGUCACCCCUUCCAUUCAGAGUGACGCCGUUCCCCCAGAGGUGAAGGCCCUCGAUGCAUUUCUCCAGCAGACAGGGGUGUAUGGCCGCUGGGACCAGUACGACCACCAGAGUUUCCUCCAGAUUUGGACAAAGCAUGGCGGCAGGCCAUCCUACCUGAGAGAGGCCAUGGCCUACCUCCCAGCCCGAAGCCAACAGGAGGUCCUGCAGCACGAGGAGUGGUACUUGAAGCUCCAGGAUCUGCAAGAAAAGAAAAAACUGGCCAUCCUCAAAUGGAGGACGGAGAAGGAGCGCGAGAAGGAGGAGCGUCUGCAGCAGAGGGAGGAGGUGCUGGACAGCGAGCGGUGGCAGCGCGAGGAGGAGGCGCAGAGACGGCGCCAGCGGAGUGAGGAGGAGAAGAAGAAGGAGGCGGCCGCCAGACUGGUGGAGUGGAGGAGCCAGCGGCAGCUCCGUGAGGAGCAGGAGGAGGACCGGCGCGUAAAGGAGGAGGCGCAGCUGAAGAGGAGGCAGCAGGAGGAGCGCAGGAGGCAGCAGGAGGCGCGGCUGGCAGUACAGGCCUGUGUCCGACAGAAGAAGCAACAGGCGGAGCAGCGGCUAGCAGAGGCUGCGGCUCGGGAACGGGCAGAAGUUGAGGAGAGAAGGAAGGCUGGGGCCCAGCUCAUUCAGCAGUUUCAGGAAAGGGAUCUACACAGGCUGGAAACAAAGCUAUCACAGAAACAGCAGAAAGAGGAACAGGAUUUGGAGAGGAAGAAGCAGCUGGAGAAACUUAAAGAAAAGGUUGAAGCUCACAUUACCAGAGACCAAAGUCGGCUUCUGAGACCAACCAAAGGGUGGGAGGAGCAUAUGAAGAACAUUGGACCAACUGGAGGAGGGCCUGUAUAUCAGCCAUUCCACAGGGCAGUUCCAAGCUGGCGACAAGAUGUUUAAACCGAUGGAGUAGGAGACAAAGAUAGACAUUGCUGACUAGAUGUUAUUUUAUUUCAUGCAUUCAUUAUUUUUUUAUUAAAAAGAGAGAAUCGUU